AGCGCGCUGACUAGCUUUUCGAUUUGUAUUUUUCCUACCACAUUCCUUCCACAAACAUUCCUUGGCUCUUGCCAUUUUUGUUGCACGUGGUGUUUUCCUUUACAAAGCGUAUUAUUUUCAUCAUCACCAGCGCCUUUUAUCUGCGGAGUAUCGGGCGUGUGGGAGUAGUUGCGAGUGGCGAAGAUGAUGGACACGGAGCGGAUCCGUGCGGAGUAUCUGCGCAACGGUGUGGUGCUGCUGCGCGACUUCCUCUCCCCUGACUGGCUGGACAAAGUCACCACCGCCAUCAACAAACUCCAUCCAGAGGCCGAUCCCGACCGGGAUCAAUCAACGACGGAGGGGGAGGAGGAGGGGGCGAAGGCCGAUCGCAGUCUGAGUGGCAGUGCCAGCGGGAGGGACUUUGGCAACUGGCAGAGUAUUCCCGAGAUCAAGGAGCUCGUCAGCCAGUCGCCACUGCUGAAGGUGCUGGCCGACAUCAUGGCCAGCCACAGCCUGACCUUCUACUUCGACCAGGUCAGCGUGCGCCCCGCCCACGACCGGACGCUGACGCCGUUCCACGUGGAGAUGAGCAACUAUCCCUUCGUCGGCGACCAGGGCUGCUCGGUGGUGAUCCCGGUGGACAAGAUCCCGCUGGAGACGUGCAUCAAGUUCGUGCAGGGCUCGCAUCUGUGGGGCAAGAACUACUAUCCCAGCAGUGUGCGCCUGGCGGAGGACACGGAGGAGCUGCGCGCCCACUCCAAGGACUGCGAGCCGGUCCCGGACAUCCGCUCCAUUAAGACGGCGAUGGUGCUGGAGUGGACCAUGUCGCCCGGGGACGUGCUGGUGUACAACAUGAAGACGCUGGUGGCCCUCAACGGCAACUGCACGCAGCACGUGCAGCGCUCCCUCAUCACGCACUGGUUCGGGGAUGACGUGCGCUUCAAGCAGCGCCACUGGCCCAUCCAUCCGCCCCUGACCGGGCGCUUGGCCGCCGACGAGCAUCCCUCCGCCGACGGGGACACCUUCCCGCUGGUGUACGGACAGCUGCCGGCGCCGCGGCCCGCCAGCCAGGAAUAAUCCGCCGGUCACUGGGCACACGGUAUUCCUGAGCCUAGUUCGGCUAACUGGCGUCGGUUUGCUGGUUGAUGGGUUGUUGGUUGGAGGUGUUACGGUGCGCAGGGAUCUCGGUGGGUGCCGGUGCUGGCUGGACAGGAUCUCCCUUGCCGCUGGUCUGAACGAUGAAUUUUGUAUCGGCUUAUUUGGUGGAUAUUGAUAUUUGCACAUUCCCGACAGAUGCCUCGGUUUCUCUCUGUCCUCUUUUAUAUUUCCACUGCUAUGCACUAUUGCGUUCCGUUUAUACAGUACUUCUCCUUUUCUGGCAGCACAUUUCUUUAGGCUUGUAUUCUGUUCACAUUUCUUAGGUUAUGCUGAUGUGAUUCCUCUGUACUUGUUACGUCGCGCUGCGGUGUUUCUUCGCGGUAAUUGUUCAUUGUUGGAUCAUGGAUGCGAUAAAGUAAACGACAAAAAUCUAAUAACCCCUGACACUUGUUGACAGUACUCUGUAGUCGCGCAAAUUCGUUGGAUGUGCUGUGUUGUACGGAAUUCAACGUUUUCCAGUGAUACGGUGCAAAGCACUCGGUAGUCUAGCAUAUCUAUAUAGGCACCCAUAGUAUGUACAUCAGUAAUAACACUAAAGUAUCGUGUGUUGUCGCGUGUUGUGCGAGUUAACUUAACCGCCUGGCAACCGGAGAUUUACAAAUGACAAAGGUCACCAUAAGAAGACAAAAUACUGUGUGUUCUUUUGCAAGUUAAUUGUGGGAGAUUUCAGUUUCAAGUGGAUAUCCAGACCUGCGAGUUCUUUGGUCAAUCAUAUUUAGAUUGAAUACGCAGACGACUUGCGGUUCCUGGAUCGAUCGCCAAUGCCGAGCCGGAGCGUGCAUGUGUGCUUGGUGGCCGUGUGCGUCGUGGCGGUGAUGCAGGGCAGCCGGGCCCAGUGGCAGUCCCCCUACGGCUACACCCAGCCGGACCCGUAUUACCAGCCGGGCUUCGCGCGCCAGAUGGCCCCGCACGCCGCCGCCGAGGACUACGCCCAAGGGGCGGGAUACGGAUAUGGGCGGGGCCUGCCCGCGCCGGCCGAGCGCAGCAAACGCGGCUCCUACGCUUGGAUCCCCGCUUUAAACCGGGGAUGAAACGGGGAUGAUCCUGUUCCUCUUCAGGAUUCUGGUUCGCGUAUGACUGCUCGUAUUAAGCUGGUCCAGAUCUGUACAAGGUGCAGCGCUCCCUCAUUACGCACUGGUUCGGGGACGACGUGCGCUUCAAGCAGCGCCACUGGCCCAUCCACCCGCCAUUGACCGGGCGGUUGGCCGCCGACGGGGACACCUUCCCGCUGGUCUAUGGCCAACUAUUAUGGAUUGUUACUUUCCGUUGGUAUUGUUUUGUCCUUUUUCUGGUAGCACCUUUAUUUCAGCUUGCACAACACAUUUGUACACAUACUGGUAGACUAAGUACCACACAAUUAAAUAUACAUAGCUGCUUCUGCUUGUUGCAAGGCGUUGCGGUGUUUCUUCGCGGUAAUUGCUUAUUGUUGAUGAAAAUGAGAAAAAACGCGGCACACUACAAAGUGCUCGCACUGGUAUCUUUGAUGAUGGACGUUUUAUUAAAAUCAUUCCGAGA